CUGUCUUUGAAGUGGGCUGAAAGAACAAUGGAGGCACAUGACUGCGUCGUUAUUGGCGCCGGGUGGUAUGGCUUGGCCGCCGCAAAGACCUACAUCGAGCUGCACCCCGAGCAGAGCAUCGUCGUCCUGGAUGCGGCUGCGAGCGUAGGCGGCACAUGGGCCCAGCAUCGCCUGUACCCAGGCCUGUUGACCAACCAUACAAUGGGCAACUACGAAUUCAGCGACUUCCCCAUGGACCCAGAAACGUACGGCGUUGCGCCUGCUGAGCAUAUCCCUGGUGCCGUCAUCCAUCGUUACUUAGCCAACUACGCGCAACACUUUGGCGUCUACCAACGCAUUCGCUUCAACACCAAAGUCGAAGCUGUAGAGCCGAGCGGUGAAGGGUGGAAAAUUACGACAGCGCAAGGAAAAAUUGAUACAAGAAAGCUAAUCAUCGCAACGGGCUUGACGUCCGAAGCCUUUAUACCCCGAAUUCUCGGUGAUGAGACGUUUGGGGGCCCAAUUUUCCACUCCAAAGACCUCCAACAGCACGCUACUGAUGGUCCUUGCAACAUAUCAAUCCUAGGCGGCGCAAAGUCGGCAUGGGACGCCGCUUACGCGUAUGCUUCCAGCUCCCCCGACGUUUCUGUCGACCUCAUUGUCCGCAAAUCAGGCAACGGCCCCGUUUGGAUGAUACCUUCAUCGCGGUCUCCGCUGCGCCUCGAAAGACUCGUGCAAAUCCGAUUUAUUAGCUGGUUCAGCCCUUGUAUCUGGGGCGAUGAAGAUGGCUACCGAGGUAUCAGAGGUUUCCUCCAUAAUAACUGGCUCGGCCGCAAGAUCGUAAAUCUUUUCUGGAAGUUGUUCAGGCCUCCCUCCGCAACUGAUUUGGACAAACAUCCUGAGGUGAAGAAGCUGGUGCCUUGGAAAGAACCCUUCUGGACCGGAAAUAGGCUGGGCAUCCUAAACUACCCGACCGACUUCUUCCAUUAUGUACGAAACGGCCAGAUCCGCGUCCACGUCGCCGACAUCACCCACCUCUCAGAGAAGACGGUCCACCUCUCCAACGGCGCGCAGCUCAAAGCCGAAGCGCUCCUUUGUGCCACCGGUUGGACCCCCACUCCGCCCAUCCACUUCCCGCCUGGCAGCGACGCCAAGUCCGACAUGCCGCACUACGAGCCCGACCCCAGCAGGCUCGAGCAGCGCGCAGAUGCAACAGUCCUAGAGCGAUUCCCACUGCUGAAAGCGCACCCGCGCGUUACCAGACCUGAAAAUCCCACCCCCGAGGGCAUCACGCCCAACCAGCCUUUCCGGCUGUACAGGUUCAUAGUUCCGCCGCAGGCUCUUCACAACCACAAUAUCGCCUUCGCCGGCAUGGCUGUCGUCAUCAACAACGCCAUGAACGCUCAGACCCAGGCGCUCUGGAUUUCGGCGUAUCUGGACAACAAGCUGGAGCUAGGCCGUCUGCCGUUGACGGUCGAGGAGGCCCAGUACGAGACGGUGCUGCAUACGCAGUUUGGUAAGUGGAGGAGCCCUUGCGGCUAUGGCGCACGGUUCCCGGAUUUGGUGUUUGAUGCUAUGCCGUACACGGAUAUGCUGCUGCGUGAUUUGGGGCUGGAAACGCGCCGGAAGAAGGGUUGGCUGGCGGAAGUAUUCACGCCUUAUGGACCGGAGGAUUAUAGAGGCUUGUCGGCGGAAUGGCUGCGGAGGCAUAGUUAGUAGCCGGGUUGGUGAUGGUUUUUCGAGUGUGCACAUAAAGGUGGGAGUGUCUCAACCCUCAAGCUUGUGGUUGGUAUAUAUUUAUCGAUAUAUUCGC